AUAAUUGAGUAGCGAGAAAGUUCGAAUUUGAAGCAGCAGCACCUUCUUUUCGUAACUGAUUCCUCUCUUCUGCGCUCUUCUUCUCUUCCACUUCAAUACGAUCGAUACAAGCUCGCUCCACGAUCUCUCUUCUCUGUCUCGCGAGUUGAAGCUGAAGAGUUUUUUUGUGUACAGUAAUUAAUAAUGUUGGAUAACGAAGACCAUGCAGAGUUUACGAACGGUGAAUCACCUCCUAACAAGUUGAAACGGAGAUUCAGGGAUAGAUCUAAGGAGAUGCUGUCCAAACAUGCCGUUAAGAUCGCAAAACAAGCUGAAGAACACGAAAGGUUCAUUAAUAAGGUGACGCAUCUAGUUGGUGUACUUGGAUUUGGUGGAUUUUGCUUCCUCUUAGGGGCGAGACCCCAAGAUAUUCCCUAUGUAUAUUGCUUUUUCUAUGUCAUCUUUGUUCCUCUUAGAUGGAUAUACUAUAGGUUCAAGAAAUGGCAUUACUAUCUAUUGGAUUUCUGCUACUAUGCCAAUACAAUUUUCUUGGUUGACCUCCUUUUUUAUCCAAGGAACGAAAAGCUUUUCAUGGUUUGCUUUUCUUUUGCUGAGGGGCCAUUGGCAUGGGCUUUGAUUGUUUGGCGCUGCAGCUUGGUUUUCAGUUCCCCUGACAAAAUUGUCAGUGUUCUUAUCCAUCUUUUACCUGGGUUAGUUUUCUUUACCAUACGGUGGUGGAACCCUGCAUACUUUGAAGCCAUGCAUCCAGAGGGAACUGGUCGAAGAACUACAUGGCCUUAUGUUGAAGAUAAAUCCUCUCUCUGGACAUGGCUGUUUCUGGUGCCAUUAGUAGCUUACACACUCUGGCAGGUUCUAUACUUCCUCAUAGUCAAUGUCCUACGUCGACAAAGGCUAUUAAGAGAUCCUGAAGUCAUGACUUCCUAUAGGGAGUUGUCUAAGAAGGCUCAGAAAGCGAACAAUAUAUGGUGGAGGUUAAGUGGGUUGCUAGGCGAUCAAAAUCGCUUGUUGAUGUACAUUUUGCUUCAAGGCAUAUUUACUGUGGCAACAAUGGCAUUGGCUGUGCCAAUAUUCUUAUCAUACGAGUUGCAUGUAAUUUUCCAAAUACUAAAGGUUUCUGCAUCAGUGUGGAAUGGAGGAUCCUUUCUGUUAGAAGUAAUGCCUAGGCAGGCAAUUCUCAAGGAGAAAAAGAAAACAGAGGUGCCACCUGUUCCAGAUCAAUAAUCAUGUAUGGUACUUGAAAAUGGUAGCAAGUUCCACGAUUCUGUUGUGAAUGGCACAUCGGAAUCCUGAAAGUAAUUAUCCUCUGGUUUGUUGUAGCAAUAUCUGUUUUGAAUGUAAAUUGCUCUUUUUCUAAUUCAA